AUUACGAGCACACUGAAUUUAAGCUUUCUUCUAUCUUUAAUCAUGUUCUAACUACUAGCAUGGAGGAAGAAGAUGUACAAUUCAAGCAGCAUGGACUCCUGCCCAGUUCUACAGCAUGGACUCCUUCCAGACCGCCAACAACCCCGUCCGCACCCAGGCAUCAGCAAGACAACACAACAAUUGGAUGGAAUCUAUGCACUCUUUGCAGUAUUGAGGCUUGCUGUUGUUGAUACAAAAGCAGAUGGUGCCAUUCUGAAGGAGGAACUGUGGACAUUGAUUGCUCAAAAUGAACCCUCAUUAAUCUCUUUACAGUUGGUAAUUCUGUUGUUCUGAGUUUUCCACUAAGAAUACUUUAUUAUCCCA